ACAAAAAAAACUGUACUAAUAAAUAAAGAAAUCAUUUAAUUUUUAGUUUUAUAAAAAAAAUAUAUACUGUUAAUUUAACCACAAGUUAACCAGAAGUAAAAUAGUGUGUAUAAUACAACCGGUCAAAAAUAAAAAUAAAAAUAAAUUAAUGUUGUAUUGCAAAUUAAAAAUCAUCUAAACUAAUACAAAAAAAUCUCUUAAAACAUGAUGAUACAUUUUAAUCACGAGCUACCAGUCACGAACCCGUGGAGCCAAUCUGUCAAAUAAAACCAAUAAUAUCUUUGAAUACUUGAUAACAGCCAUUAUCAUCUAAAGGUCAAACAUUUGAUUCCGCAAGAGAAUCCAACUCUUUAGAGCAUUAUCAUCACAUACUGACAGCACGACGAUGAAAAUCAGACUUUGUAUAAUUAAAUAAUAAACGUAGUUCACGAGCUAAAACCGGCCACAACGUAAGCUUUCAAUCAACUAACAAAUAAUUAUACGUAACAACAGACUUCGUCGGUGCUUUCCGUAUGGGAUGAUGAUAAACAAGAAAACGCGGAAACACAUUCGUCCCACCUCCGGGUCGGAAUCCAGCGACAUAUAAAGUAUAAACAUAUCGAUCUCAUAACUUCAAAAUUAUCGCAUAAUAGUGGAAAUAAAUUUUUGGCCUAAUAAUGGCUAACAUUUUGCAUUAACGCAUGAAAACAAAUCAACAUUUUUAGACCAUCUAAGAAAAUAUCCUGAUGUUCAGAUCUUAUGUACGUUUCAGUUUAAAAUGUUUUCUUUUCUAGAAUCAAUAAAAACAAUGUAAUUAACCUGUGGACAAAUAUCCUCACAAAAUGAAAUAGCCGACAAAAACUUUUUUAAAACUGGCGUCAAUAGGAUGUAUUUCUAUUUUAAAACGUACUAAAAGAUUAAAACACUUGAAAUACAUUUUUUUGGCUAACGAUGAGAAUUUAAUGAAGAUAGAAAAUCAAAGGAAAUCAUCGAAAAUCAGAUAUCAUCCCACCAAUUGUGAGACAUAUAUUUUUAAAUUUUCUAAAUUUAAAGGUGUGGGGGAGAGGGGAAUAAAAUAAAAUUCAGUAAUGACAAUCGAAUCCACCUAGCUACCAGCUUGUGAACUCUAUGAAGAUAUAUAUCCACACAAAAAGCAUUGUUUAUUAUCGGCUCGUAGAGCAUGAUGACCCAUUCUCACCACGAGAAUCACGAGCUAUGAUUCACUCACUCACGAGCCAAGCGGUCAAAUACAACACACCAAUAAUAUAUCUUUGAUUACUUUUUAAAAAAACUGUCGCUAUCUAUAAUCUAAAAGUCAAAUUUUUGAUCUACCAAGAGAAUCCAACUCUUCUUACAGCCCUCAUUAGUUUGGUUUCAAGUUCCCUUUUCAUACAUAAAUACGACCCUUCGAAGCUCAUAAACAUCUUCGUCUUCUUAUUCUUUCUCUCUAUCUCUGAGAUGGGUUUGUUUGGGACCAAGAAGAUCGGCAAGUACGAGAUAGGAAGGACGAUCGGAGAAGGGAACUUCGCAAAAGUGAAACUUGGUUACGACACGACCAAUGGUACCUACGUAGCUGUCAAAAUCAUAGACAAGUCUCUGGUUAUCCAAAAGGGUCUAGAGUCUCAAGUCAAGAGAGAGAUAAGGACUAUGAAGCUUCUUAACCAUCCCAACAUCGUACAGAUACACGAGGUGAUCGGGACCAAGACAAAGAUCUGUAUUGUGAUGGAGUACGUGGCAGGUGGUCAGCUUUCAGACAAACUUGAAAGACAUAGGAUGAAAGAAUCAGAUGCAAGAAAGCUUUUCCAACAAUUGAUUGAUGCCGUUGACUACUGUCAUAACAGAGGAGUUUACCACAGAGAUCUUAAGCCACAAAACUUGCUAAUAGAUUCAAAGGGUAAUCUCAAAGUCUCUGACUUUGGACUAAGUGCAGUUCCUAAAUCAGGGGAUAUGCUCUCUACAGCUUGUGGAUCUCCAUGCUAUAUAGCACCUGAGCUUAUUAUGAACAAAGGGUACUCAGGAGCAGCAGUGGAUGUGUGGUCUUGUGGAGUGAUUCUGUUUGAGUUGCUUGCUGGUUAUCCACCGUUCGAUGAUCAUACUCUUCCUAUCUUGUAUAAGAAGAUACUCAGAGCAGAUUACACGUUCCCACCUGGUUUCACUGGAGAGCAAAAGAGGCUAAUCUUUAACAUUCUUGACCCAAAUCCUCAAACGCGUAUAACACUAGCUGAGAUAAUCAUCCAAGAUUCUUGGUUCAAGUUAGGUUAUACACCAGCUUAUCAUCAAGUUUCAGACUCAGUCAAAGAGAAUGUAGCGGAGAUAAAUGCAGCAACCGCGUCUUCAAAUUUCAUAAACGCGUUUCAGAUAAUAGCAAUGUCUAGUGAUCUAGAUUUGUCAGGUCUCUUCGAAGAACAAGUAAAAGACGAUGAUAAGAGAUAUAAAACAAGAAUUGGGUCCAAGAACACAGCACAAGAAACAAUCAAGAAGAUUGAAGCUGCUGCAAUUGAUGUUAGUUUAUCGGUUGAAAGAAUAAAGCACUUCAAGGUUAAGAUUCAGCCAAAAGAGAUAAGAUCAAGAUCUUCUUAUGACUUAUUAUCAGCAGAGGUGAUCGAGGUGACUCCAACCAAUUGUGUAAUAGAAAUAUCAAAAUCCGCAGGGGAGUUAAGACUAUACAUGGAGUUUUGCCAGAGUUUAUCUAGCUUACUUACAGCCGAAGUAAGCUAAGAGCCAUAGAUUGUCAAGAAAAGUGAUGUGACACAGAUGAUGAAUAUACGAAGCAAAUAAAGCAUAUUUUACUGAUUCAAGUUGCAGUGACAUGAAGACAGUAGAGGUUGGAUUGAAAAAGUAAUUCAUGUCUUGUGGUGAUCCUAGAGGGUUCCCUUUCCAAAAAGAAAAGGGGUUCUCAUUCAGGGUGUAAAAUGAUGUAUUUUGUUUCUAAGAAAAAUAAAUAAAUAAAUAACUCGAGUAUAAUAAUAUGUAGGCCAAUCACAAAACCCAGUUACUCAUAUUGUGAUUGCGGUGGCACAGUUGCGAAUCUUCCACUCACAACUGUGACAUAUGGACUCUAAUCAUUACAACUUUAUUUCCCGUACGCACACGAGUGUACUCUGUUUUCA